AUGGCAGAACCAGCAACUAUAACCAGACCCCUGAUAUCCUCCAAGCGACACAAGAGCAUAAGGAAGAAUUCCAGGAGAAUUUAUUCCCCAUAUCAGGACGAUAAUGGACCCUCUGAUGAUGAGGAUAAGGAUGGAGAAAGAGUGGACAGCAAUGAUCCAGAGGAGUUGUUCCAGAACAUUCAGGUUCAGAAGGAAAUCAUCACCAACAUCCGAACUAAACCCUGGCCAAUAAGACGCAAGCUAAAAGUGCUCAAGCAAGCUAGAGAGAUUGUCUUGAAGUAUGAGGGCCGACUGACCAGGACGAGAGGUUACCAGGCAGCAGGGGCAGAUUUGCUGAAGAAAAUUUCAAGACUCUUGUACAACAUUGUCGUCUUGUUCAUUCCCUGGGAGAUGAGGAUCAAAAAGAUUGAAAGUCACUUUGGAUCAGGUGUAGCCUCUUAUUUCAUAUUUCUGCGAUGGCUGUUUGGGAUCAACAUAGUUCUCACUGUCAUGACUGGAGCCUUUAUCGUACUGCCUGAGCUCUUGGCCGGCGCUCCGUUUGGUACCACCCGCAGCAAGACCAUCCCCAAGGAGCACCUUACAUCUGCACAAGACCUGGACACCAUCUGGUCGCUGGGGGGAUAUCUUCAAUAUUCUGUGCUUUUUUACGGCUACUACGGCAAUGUGCGUAAAAUCGGCAGUGCCGGCUACAGACUGCCCUUGGCCUAUUUUCUGGUCGGGAUGGCUGUUUUUGCCUACAGCUUCAUCACUUUGCUAAGAAAAAUGGCUAAAAACUCCCGCAUGAGUUUAGCCGGCGCCUCUGAUGAGAAUUACACCUUCUGCUGGCGUGUCUUCUGUGCGUGGGACUACCUGAUCGGGAACCCAGAGGCGGCCGAGAGUAAAGGGGCGGCCAUCGUCAAUAGCAUCAGAGAGGCCAUUGUAGAGGAGCAAGAAAAAAAGAAAGACACUAGCCUAGCUGUACUGAUCAGUUUGCGGAUUCUGGCAAACAUUCUGGUCCUGAUGUCUCUGACCGGCAGCAUCUACAUCAUCUACUUUGUGGUGGAUCGUUCUCAAAAACUAGAGCAGGAGAAACCCGAGCUAACACUCUGGGAGAAGAAUGAGGUGAGCGUGGUGGUGUCCCUCAUCACAAUGAUUGCUCCGUCAGCCUUUGAGUUAGUGGCUCAGUUAGAGAUGUACCACCCCAGAACGAGUCUCCGCUUCCAACUUGCCAGAGUUCUGGUGUUGUACCUUGGGAACCUCUACAGUUUGAUUAUAGCCCUCCUGGAUAAAGUCAACAGUAUGAGCUCUGCUCCGACAGUGGAAGAAGCCAUGGAGGAAGUAUGGCCGCCGACUCCAGGGGGCCAACCAACAUCAGUGGAGGAGGAGGAGCCUGAGGUGGAGAUGGAGAGCCAACAUGCAAGGGGGAUGCUGAGGAUCCGGGGGGCCAGGGUGGAGCCACGGACUCUGGUGACUAAGGCAGAGAUGGAGAUCCGGAGACCAAGUAGCCCAACAGAGUCGAUUUCUGUGGGUGCGGGAAACCUGUCUGACUCGACAUCGUUCCUAGCGACGAUUUCCCAGUCUACCGAGGACAACCUGUCCACCAUCAUCCCAGACAUCACAGAGCUGCAGAACAGCACACUGACCAUGACUCUUCUGGAGCUCAACAACAGCAUGACCACCAUCAAGAGCCCCACGUCCUCCAGACAGCCAAUGAGAAUGCAGUCUCUGCUAAACCAGACCGUCCUCUAUGAGUACAACACCAGAUCACAACAGGACCCCUGCUGGGAAACAUAUGUCGGACAGGAGAUGUUAAAGCUCUCCAUCAUUGAUAUGAUCUUCACGGUGGCAAGUAUCCUGCUCAUUGAUUUCAUCCGGGGACUGGUGGUUCGAUACUUGAGUGACUGCUGCUGUUGGGACUUGGAGAGCAAGUUUCCAGAAUAUGGUGAAUUUAAAAUAGCAGAAAAUGUUCUUCAUCUGAUAUACAACCAAGGAAUGAUAUGGAUGGGAGCGUUCUUUUCACCCUGUCUGCCUGCCUUUAAUGUCCUGAAGCUCAUUGGCUUGAUGUACCUGCGCAGCUGGGCUGUGCUGACCUGUAAUGUUCCCCAUCAGCAGGUCUUUAAGGCCUCCAGAUCAAAUAACUUCUAUCUGACGAUGCUUCUCUUCAUGCUUUUCCUGUGCAUGUUACCGACCGUUUUUGCCAUUGUGAGGUAUCGGCCGUCUCAGUACUGUGGACCCUUCAGUGGCCAGGAGAAGAUUUACGACAUCAUCUCCGAAACCAUUUCCAAUGACUUCCCACUGUGGUUCAGUAAAGUGAUGAGUUACGUCACCAGUCCUGUGGUGGUGCUGCCCGCUUUGCUUCUGCUCUUCAUGCUGAUCUACUACCUCCAAUCCAUCGCUAGAUCACUCAAAGUCACCAACAGCCAGCUGAGAAUGCAGCUGCAGACCGAACGCACGGACGACAAGAAGAAAGUAUUUCAGUUGGCCGCAGCGUGUCUGCAGGGACCUGAGGGUGGUGAUAAAAAGUCAGAACAAGAGAGCGACAUUACUAGUAUGGAGUCGUCCGCCCGCUCUGCCUCCCCUCCACGCCGCAACGGCAGCAUCGCCAACUUCGAAGCUCCCGUCCGCCCGGGCAACAGCAUCCGGACCAUAACGCAGUCGGCUUCACGUCCUGACAUCCCUAGAGCUGCUGGAGCGACGCAGAGCCCCACUGUCCCUGUGCGGCAGAAACACAAAUCUGAGCCCAUGGCCAGUAGUUCUUUCAGAAUGCACAGCAGUCCUUCAGUGCCUCAAAGACAAGUACGACGAGUGGAGUACAUACCCAUCAGGCAUUCUGGGUACUUGGGCAGCACCAGCAGUUCCUGCCGCUCCAAGUCCUACCACAACAUGGCCUACAACCCGUGUACACGGUAUGCUGAAAACAUCCACUCCGAUCCACAGUUUCGGAAGACCCUUCGGCCCAUGCACACUGAGCCCGCCGUAAUCACAGCUCAGAGCUACGUGGGCCACCGGGCACAUUCGACACGUUACAUCAUUGUCAAUGAACACGAAGCUCGCAAGAAGCUCAUGCGCUCAAAUACACGCAUACCGAGACAUUACCGCCUCGCAGACGAACCAACGGAGAUCGUAGAGCUUUAUCCACGUAACGUGAAAUGUUACAUUCCUCGUCCUCUUCACCGAAGCCACCAGCCACACCUCAACGAGGAAGAGGAGGAGGAAGAUCCAAAGAGCAGCACGAAGAGGGCAUCGUUCAGACAGUCGAAACGUCCACGACCACUGUCGGAUCUCCAUCAGACCGCGCGAUUCUACAUUGGCGAUACAACAAACAGUCAGUUGUCUAUGGAGCAGGGUUUAUACUGCGAUGAAGAAGAGGAUGAUCAUGAAGAAGAUUGGGUGAACGACCCUCAGACAAAUAUUCGAGGUCCAGAAUCGGCUCACAGGUGCGGUGAACCAUACGUCAAGCCCAAGACCAAGCAUAAAGUGGAGCCGUCUCUGACCGAGUCAGAUUCAGCAUCGCUGGCGUCCAGUAGUGACCAACAAAACAGCAGCACAGAUCAGUACAUCCAGGUCAUUCACAACAAAAAGAAGUACCUGAAGUCCAGCGCCAAGCUGACCAAAACGAAAUCCAAGAGCAGUGUUAAACUCAAUGUUCCUGGAACUAAUGAUCUUGUCUGCUCCAACGUUUAACCUGUUUAGAGAUUAUGGCUCUGCUCGAAAACACCGGUAAGCUUUCUGUGUAGGAAGCAUUUUAGGUGUACACUAACACCAAGUCUGUUUCAUGAGGCAGGAUGCAACAUUAUCCUGCCUUCUAAAGGCUGGAAUACAUUAGACGACUUUUAAAAUUGGAAUAGAUUUCUGAUGACUUUUAAGUUGUUCCUAGUCGUUGCUAGGAGACAUGUGACAAAUAAAAACAAUAUGUGUUCUAAAAUCAGCUCAAAAUAACAAAUACGUUUGAUAUCCGCCAGCUGGAGAAAAUCAGUCAGUGACAUCACCACUUCGCAAUUUACUGUGAACUCUGACUGCUUAAAAUCUACUGAAUGACUCUGAUUUUGGCAACUAUGGUCCACUUGUCUAGACUGUGAAUCAGGGCUCAAAAGUAUUCAAACCUUAAAAGGCCUUCU